UCUUAAUUUGUGCUGCAGAGAUCUGUCAUAAUCUCCUCAUGGAAUUCUUUGAGAACCAAAUAAAAAAUGUUUCUGAAAAUGCUUUGUGAACUAAACUAUAUGGCUUGAUUUUAACAUGUAGGCUACUGAGGUAAUCAUUUCCCUCCUUUGUCCCAGAAAAAUAUGUUAGUGCUAGGUCAGAGAAAAACAGCCCUGGAAUUGGAGAAAGACAUUCUCUUAUUUGUAAACGGAGACAAGACACCAAGAGGCUUGGAGCCAAACUGCACAGUGGCUGCCUGUAGGAAAGACAUUCAACCUCCAUCAUCGGGGUUGAGACCGCUUGAUUGUAAAGAUCUGGGCAGUUCCUGACGUCUAGUGGAGCAGGCAACAAAGGGUCCCUCUUUGGUUCCCCUUCAGGAAGUGGAAUAGAAAAAAAAAAACUGCAUUCGUCAGUGACGCUGGGCCAACCACAACUUAAAGACAGUAAACAGGUCAAUUGAAACAGGGGCACUGAUUGCUAUAAAACCAACAGGUAUUCUCAUUGACACACAGAGGCAUACCCAGGAAGCCAUACUCAGAACGACCUUCUUGCACAGAGCAUGCACCAGAGGGAAGUAGCAAUGAAAAGCCUGCACAACCCAACCAUGGUCAAGUCCUUACUGCUUUUGAUGCUGGGGAUCGUCCUCCUAAGGGAUGUGGCAGCUUGGAAAACCCUCAGAGUGGGCAAUACUGGCCUCCAAAAGCCUAGCAACUGCCCUCCUCUGGAGGAUAACACUGUGAGGGUUGACACUCGCAUCCUUAAUCAAAAGCAGGGCAUUCCCAACACACAUGACUUCCGGAACCGCUCCAGCUCCCCGUGGGAUUACAACAUCACCCGGGACCCCCACCGCUUCCCCACUGAGAUCGUAGAGGCCCGGUGCAGACAUGCAGGCUGUAUCAAUGCCCAGGGGCAGGAAGACAGCUCCAUGAACUCUGUUGCCAUCCAGCAAGAGAUCCUAGUCCUCCGGAGGGAGCCCGAAGGCUGCGCUCACUCCUUCCAGCUGGAGAAAAUUCUGGUGACUGUUGGCUGCACCUGUGUCACCCCCAUCGUUCACCAUGCGGCCUGAGAGCUGCACAUCAACUCAGCUGGAGAAGCUGGAGCAGUGCCAUUUCUUAUCCAGUGCCCUGCAACAAGUCCUGUCUGAUUCCCCAUUCUCUCCAUUUCUUAAGACUCUUUAAUAAGCUCUGCGUGGAAUUUUCAAAGCUUUGUAGUAGGUAUAGUAUUACUUUUCUAGGAUGCUUCAGACACGUUCCAGUUUUCUACGCUGAAAGUGGAUGGAGGAGCAUGAAGGAGCCCAUACCCAUCAUGUUAUAUGAUGACCACCUCCUUAUCAUCAUGACCUUUGUGAUCUAGUGCUAUUCCCUGGGAUCUCUGUUGGUGAAAUGGAAACAGAAAAUAUAAUCAUAAUGCAUGAGCAUGUGAAAGGGGCUGGGCAGGCUGGGGUGGGAUGGUAAGAAAGGGGACAAGGAUCUGGCGAAAACAUCUAUA